AUGAAUGGUGCGGAGCCCUCGCAUGUGCUGCCACCUGAGGAGAAUGAGGAGCAGCAAAAGCAUGAGGAGCAGCACGAGCAGCAGGAGCGGCGCAAGGAGGAGGAGGAGCAAGCAGCGUUGUCGCUGCCUGCAGCAGAGGACAUGCAGCAGUCGACGGCCCCGGGGCCUGGGCCAGAGGCUCGGCCAGAGCAGCAGCGAGACGAGCCGCCAGACGAGCCGCUUGAGGUCUUUUACUCCCCACAGCAGGCGGCGCAGCAGGCGGUGGCGCCAGGCGACGAUUCAGGACCUCUGGGUGGGGGCAGCGGCAGCGACGGUGAUGCUUUGGGUCGGGAAGCGGGCGGCGAGGGCGGCGCCAAGAAGCGUGUGUCACGGGAGCUGAACAAGUUGUCAAUAGACGCCCACUGGCAGCCUGCACCAGAGCCUUCCAGUGGGCCAGCCAGCGGACGGCCGCAGCGUGCACGCGUCUCAGCACCCCAGCAGCAGCAGCAGCAGCAGCAGACGUCAUCUGCUGUGGCUUUGACGAUGCCGGGGCUUCCCUUUAUGGGGGGUGCUGCUUCUCUGCCAGAGGGGAUACAGCAGCAGCAGCAGGAGCAGCAGCAGCAGCAGGAGCAGCAGCAGCCCGCGGGCCUCAGCGAUUUCCCAGCUGAGCAGCAGCAGGCACAAACCGGAGAGGGCGCAGGCCCGUCCGCGCCUGCUGCUGCUGGCCGGUCUUCCGCCAUGGCCGCAGUCGCCGCGCGCAACGGGCGUGCCGGCGACUCGCAGUGGCAGGAGGCCGCCACCAAGUUGGCGGCCCGGAUCAAGCAGAGGAUUGCUGCAUCGGACGGCCUCGACGCGGCGGCUGCGGCGAGCCCCGCCGGAGUGAAAAUCGCGGCAAUCCUGCGCUGUGGGGAGCUGACGGGCGAGGCGGUCGAGUACCGCCGCGGCGGCCCCGCGUCGGGGCGCGUGCUGGAGGGGACGAUCACGGGGCAGGGGCUCAUCACGUGCACGUGCCAGACCUGCAAGGGCGCGGCGUCCGUGCCGAACAGCGUGUUUGAGGACCACGCGGGCAGCAAGGUGCGGCGGCCGGCGCAGUUCACAUACCUGACCGCCUACAACCUGAGCCUGAAGGAGCUGGGGCAGCUGGUCAACAGCACGUACACCGACAGCCACAUCAGCUACUGCAUCCAG